AUGCUACUGGCCUCUCGCCUACUCGACCUUGAAUUAAAUUUUCAUUACACAUAUCAAGGUCGUCCAAGUGUCCAUUGGAUGUCCGACAAUGUCCAACGCUCCGAGUCGACCAAGCUGUUGAAGGAGGCUCGAAAGGCUCGAGGUUGUCCAAGCCAAUCACAUAUUAGCCUUGUGGUUGUUUCUUUAUGUGAAUGGUCGGUAAGCUUACCGAAAGCGGCUCUGUGCCUCCGUUAG